AUGGAGCUACAGCCUACAACCAUCUCUCUCUCCCUCUCUCCCUCUCUCUCACACUCUCUCUCUCAUUCCAGGCCUGCAAAUAAAAAAGCUAACAAUAUAAUCAUAAUUUAGAAGAAACAAACUAAGCAUGCUGUUUGGGUAGUGCAGCCCACUCAAAACAUCCAUGAAUCUGUGCUCCUUCAAGACAGGGCAUCCACUGACCAUCAUUAUAUAUAAAUACACUUAUUUAUCAACAUUCUUACUCAGAUCAAGAAAAAUUCUCCACUCUUAAGUACUCAAGUCCUAGCAUUCACUAGUUCUGAAAACCAUGGCAAUGGGUUUCUCCCCACUCUCUCUCGUUCUGUCUCUUCUUCUCACUUGUUGUGUCAUAGAGAUCAAGGCUUCACUCUAUCACUCUGAUAGAAUUAUCAAUCUCCCUGGACAACCUCAAGUUGGGUUUCAACAAUUCUCAGGCUAUGUUACUCUGGAUGACAAGAAACAAAGAGCUCUCUUUUACUACUUUGUUGAGGCAGAGAUUGAUCCUGCUUCAAAGCCUCUGGUCCUCUGGCUCAAUGGAGGGCCUGGUUGUUCUUCUCUUGGUGUAGGGGCAUUUUCUGAGAAUGGGCCUUUUAGACCAAAUGGCCAGGUUUUGGUUAGGAAUGAUUACAGUUGGAACACAGAGGCUAAUAUGCUCUACUUGGAGACACCUGUAGGAGUUGGAUUCUCUUACUCAAAUGAUACAUCCACAAUGACAGUGGAUGAUAAAAUAACAGCCAGGGACAAUCUUGUGUUCUUGCAACGUUGGUUCUUGAAGUUUCCCCAAUACAGAGGCAGAGAUUUGUUCAUAACAGGAGAAAGUUAUGCAGGUCACUAUGUCCCUCAGCUUGCACAGCUCAUGACUCAGUUCAAUAGAAAGCAUAAGUUGUUCAAUUUGAAAGGAAUUGCGCUUGGUAACCCAGUGUUGGAUUUUGCAACUGACUACAAUUCAAGGGCUGAGUUCUUCUGGUCUCAUGGAGUAAUAUCAGAUUCAACUUACAAUAUCUUCACUACUGUGUGCAACUAUUCGCGCUAUGUUAGUGAAUUCUAUAGAGACUCCAUUUCACCUUUAUGUUCUGAAGUUAUGACUCAAGUGAACAAAGAAACCAGUAAGUUUGUGGAUAUAUAUGAUGUUACCCUUGAUGUCUGUGUAUCAUCCGUUUUCGCCCAAUCCAAAGUUAUUACUACGCAGCAAGUCUCUGAAAGGAUUGAUGUGUGCUUGGACGACGAGACUGUUAAUUAUCUGAACAGAAAAGAUGUCCAGAAGGCACUUCAUGCUCGGCUCGUUGGAGUUCGGAAGUGGGAUGUUUGUAACAAUGUUCUGGACUAUGACUGGCUUAACAUUGAGAUACCUACAAUCUCUAUAGUAGGAUCACUUUUGAAGGAAGGUAUUCCAGUCUUGGUUUACAGCGGUGAUCAGGAUUCAGUUAUUCCAUUGACUGGAAGUCGCAAAUUGGUUCAUAGGCUGGCAAAGCAACUCGGAUUAAACACAACUGUACCUUACAGUGUCUGGUUUGAGGGGCAGCAGGUCGGAGGAUGGACUCAAGUUUACGGUGAUAUCCUCUCAUUUGCUACGGUGAGAGGAGCUGCACAUGAAGCUCCUUUCUCGCAGCCAGAGCGAUCCCUGGUGCUAUUCAAGUCAUUUUUGAAAGGCAUGCCUUUGCCAGACUCCUUCUCCUGACCAGAACCAGAAAUAGAAUCAUCCCCUAGUAAAUA